GAAAUAUGGGUAGACAGAGAGAUCAAUUUUGGGAACAUGCUAAGAAUGAAAAUGGCCGUUUCAAAUGUAAUUAUUGUCAACAAGAUUUUCCUGGAGGUGCAUCAAGGAUUAAAGCACACUUGGCCGGAAUUCCAGGUCAUGACAUUAAGGCAUGUAAUGCCGUGCCUCAAGAUGUUCAAGAAAAAGCUCAAGCAACCCAAAAAAAAAGAGAAGCUCAAGUAACUCAAGGGACCAACAAAAAACUUAAAAGUGUAUCAACCUCAACUUCAAAAUCAAAAACUAAGACGAUUAAAAUUGUCACACAGGGUAAGGAAGAAUAUAGGGCUGAAAUUAUCCUCAAUGAUGUUGUGGACAGACUAAUAGCCAAAGUGUCUUCACUUGCCACUGAGUAUAUCGAUUUUGAGUUGAGUUUCAAGGUGGAGUUGAUAAAUCUUCUUGAAACAUUAUUCAAGAUUAAAUUCGUGUUAGGUGAUGCUCAAAAGAGGCAGUCAAGUGAUGAGUCUAUGGGGAUUUGGUUAACGGAGCUUAGAAAUGUAGCUUAUGAUGCCGAUAAUGUGCUAGAUGAGUUUAGCUAUGAGAGUUUUUGGCAAAAGGUACGGAUUCAAAAUCAAAUGAUGGAUCAGGUACGUAACUUUUCAUUAUGCAAUCUUGAUAAAGUUAAGACCAUCAAACAAUUGUUGGAUAUAAUUGUGAAUGAUGUAGCUAACUCUGGUCUUAGAAUGGAGUUGGUGAGUUCAAUCCCCAAAAUUAGUUUGGACAUGAAUAUAGACUCCCUCCUCGAUGAUUCAAAAGUUAUAGGAAGAGAAUACGAUAUCAAAAAAAUAGUAAACUUACUUAUUAGUUCAAGCAAUCAAAAGGAUAUCUCUGUUCUCCCUAUAAUGGGUAUGGCAGGUAUCGGAAAGACAACUUUAGCAAAACUUGUGUAUAAUAAUGAAUUGUUAAAGAAACAUUUUGAUGUACUAGCAUGGGUAAAUGUUGGUAAAAAUUUUGAUGUUGAAGGGAUUUUAAGAGAGAUUCUUAAAUCUCUUGGAGAAGACUUGGGUGAUUGUUGGGGGCGAAAAUUUUUUGAUAAAGUACUUGAAAUAUGUGCAAAAAUUUUGUGGGCGAAAAAAUAUCUUCUCAUACUUGAUGAUGUGCAAAAUGAAGAUCCUAAGAAAUGGGAUACUUUAAAGGGUUACUUAUUAAAGUUUAAUUCCAAUACAGGAAAUAAUAUUGUUAUUACAACCUGUAGUGAUAAUGUGGGGCAAAUCAUGAAGAUACAUCCCCCACAUCACUUAGAGAAGUUAUCAAAAGAUGAUUGUUGGUCUAUAAUGAAAAAAAGAACAUUCAUAGAUGGAAGAAUUCCAUUAGAUUUGGAGGUUAUUGGAAGGGAAAUUGCUAAAAGAUGUGGAGGGGUUCCAUUGACUGCAAGAGUUUUAGGGGCAACAAUGUGCUUUGAGUUUGAUAAAAACAAAUGGCUAGAGAUUCAAAAUAAUAAAAUUUGGGACUUGUUGGAUGAAGAUAAUAGUGACAUCUUUCUUGUGCUUAAGUUAUGCUUUGAUCUUCUUCCAACACCAUCUUUAAAACGAUGUUUCGCAUAUUGUGCAAUAUUCCCUAAAGAUUAUAACAUGAAAAAGGAUGAAGUAAUUCAGUAUUGGAUGGCGGAAGGGUUCCUACUAGCUAAAGAAGCUAAUAUGGAGAUGGAAGAUAUUGGUAACAUGUAUUUCAAUAUUUUGUUGGCCACUUCCUUUUUCCAAAAUGCUAGAAAGGAUGCCUACGGUAAUAUUAUUAGCUGCAAAAUGCAUAAUUUGGUGCAUGACUUUGCACUCUCUAUUUCAAAAUUUGAAACUCUAAUCUUGGAGGGAGAUUCAGUGGAUAAUGGUAGUAGCAUACAACCUUUAUUUGCCCGACUUGAUGGCAAAUCAACACUAGGAAGUUCAUUUAGUGAAGUUGAUUCUACAAAAUUGCGCACGUUAAUUUCAGAAAAUUUCAACUUUGACAUCAUGUUAUCAAAUUUUAAAUGGUUACGCGUUUUAAAAUUAUUCGGGGAUGGUAUAAUGAAGUUGUCAGAUUCAAUUGAGCAAUUAAUACAUUUGAGCCUUCUUGACAUCUCAUACUCUGAGAUUGAAGUAUUACCAAAAUCCAUCACCAAACUUUACAAUUUGCAAACUUUAAGAAUUGAAGGCUUUUUACACGGGCUUCCGGAAGACCUAAGCAAUUUGAUUAACUUAAGACAUAUUCAUAUUAAUUGGGAUUGUUAUGUAAAAACACCUAAAAAUAUGAGUAUGUUGACUUGCCUUCAAACAUUGCCAUUUUUUGGUGUGGGUUCAGAGGAUGGUUAUCGGAUUACAGAAUUGGGAGCUUUAAAGAAUCUCAAAGGAGAAAUAGUAAUAAAGAAUCUAGAGUCCGUGAAAGAUGAGGAAGAAGCCAAAAGUGCAAAAUUAAAAGAAAAGGAAAUAUUCAACUUGGGAUUAUACUGGGAUAAGGGUUCUGAUAAAGAUGAAAAGGUGUUGGAAGGCCUCCAUCCUCACCCAAAUUUGAAAAGCUUAACAAUCGAAUACUACGGGGGAAAGAAAUUCCCAUCAUGGGUUGGUUUGUCUUCGCUAUAUCACAAUUUGAUUGAGAUCAAUUUGAGAUAUUGUAGGGAAUGUGAAGAAGUUCCCACUCUGGGGCAAUUACCCUGUCUUAGGGUUCUUGAAAUGGAAGGAAUGGAGAAGGUAAGAUGUAUAGGAAGUGAGUUUUACUUUUACAGUGAUGGGAGUUACAGAAAUACUACUACAAUAUUAUUUCCGGCAUUGAGAAUACUCAAAUUGGUGUUGAUGGAAAGCCUAGAAGAGUGGAAGGAUGCAAAGGAGUUGACAACCGCAGAUGAGGUGUUGUUGGUGUUUCCAUGCCUUGAGGAGUUGACCCUUAGAAGUUGUUAUAAACUGAGAGAUUUGCCAGAAUCACUGCACACCUGCGUUUCCCUUCAAAAGUUGGUAGUACAGGAUUGUCAUAAGCUAAGGUCAUUGCCAGGUGUCCCAUCCAUAAUAAGGUGUGGUAUUGAAGACCUACCCAGUGGGUUACAGUGUGUUGAAUAUUUGGAGAACGGUUAUUGUCGUCUGCCUUCUUCUUCUACCUCCUCCAUUCACCCCUCCCUCCAAAAGCUAAAGCUCAAAUUGUAUUCUCUCAACUCUCUCUUGGUCCUGGACCAAAUUCAAUAUUUCAUUGCCCUUAAAAUUCUGUGGAUAGAGGGAUCUUAUCAGAUGGCAGCUUUGCCAGAGUGGUUGGGCAAUCUUUCCUCUCUUCAAUGGCUGUGUAUUGUGAGUUGCUGGAAUUUGGUGCAUCUGCCCACCGAGGAAACCAUGCGACGCCUCACCCAAUUGAAAACGCUGAUCAUUUAUGAAUGCCCCAAAUUUGAAGACAAUGAGCAGAUCAAGAUUAGCCACGUUCCAUGGGUUAAAAUCAAUCAGGAGGAGCCAUAUUGCUCUGAUUUUAAAGACUAACUCAUGAAGCUGGCAAGAAGUUUGCUUCUAAUUUACUUGAUGACAACCGAUGCCAAGAUGGUUGGGAAAAGAGUUGGGAGCAAGGUGUGACCCCCUGGGAUUUAGGAGAACUGACACCAAUUCUUUUACAUCUUCAUCAAACAUGAGCUCUUCCCAAGGGUAGGGCUUUAGUCCCUGGUUGUGGCAGUGGUUAUGAUGUAGCAGCAAUUGCAUGCCCUGAACUCUACGUUGUUGGAUUGGAUAUAUCAGACAUUGCCAUUAAGAAAGCAGUGGAGGUUCUUUUGUGCCAUUGAACCAAACAUGAGGUUGGCUUGGGCACAGCGAAUUCGUGAUACAUUGAAACCUGGUGGAGAGCUCAUAACACUAAUGUUUCCGGGAUUUCGUGAAAUGGUAGAUUUGCCAGAGUGGUUGGGCAACCUUUCCUCUCUUCAAGAGCUGUAUAUUGUGGGUUGCAAGUACUUGGUGCAUCUGCCCACCGAUGAAGCCAUGCAAUGCCUCGCCAAUAUGAAAACGCUAAUGAUUUAUGAAUGCCCUGAAUUGAACAUUGAGCAGUCCAAGAUUGACCACAUUCCAUUUGUCAAAGUCCAGGAUGAUGGAUUGCUCUGAUUUCAAAGACUAACUCAGGAAGUUGGCAAGAAGUUUGCGUCUAAUUUACUUGAUGACAAUUGACGCCAAGUUGCACUCCCUGCAUUGAAAAUUUCGCGAUACUAAAGUUGUUGUGUAUGGGAGAGGAGGAUUCUAGAAAAAUUUUCUACAAGACCAGAUACUUUCAAGCCAAAAUUGGAAGGUUGUUUCAACUCCAAUUUUGAUGAAAUUUCCUAAUGAAAAGAGCUUCGUGUUGACUGGUGACUGGUGUUGUUACUUGAAAUUCCUCUCCAUUUGCUCGAAUGCUAAAGCCCACUUGGUGGGAUCUUUUCUUCUUUUUAUUAUUGUUGGUAUCUUAGUGUGAUGAAUAUUUGUUGUAAUCCAAGAAUGACAUGUUUUUGUUUUCUUUGUAGCCGAUAACGUUUGUUUUAGAGAAGAUUGUUGUAAACUCAUAUUCUAUAGUGGAAGAUUUUACUGGACUAGGUCCCGUGGUUUUUUCCUUCUCAUUGAAGGGUUUUCCACGUAAAAA